GAGCGAACGCGCGCGUCACACGUGUUGUACGUUGCGUUUUACGACCGGUGUUCGGUUAUUUUUUUUUUUUUCAAAUAUAUUUAUCAUUUGCCGACGAUCGCCUCGGCCUAUCCUGACUACCAUCGUCACUGUCCACACACAUAUCAAACGGAAAACGAGUAAGUAAACGCUAUUGUAAAUAUGAUAAUGUUGCGGAGUUUUAAUUUUUCGAUUUAUAUCGACUUAUCGCGAUUGUAUAGUAUCAUUGUGUUUUCAGAGUAGAAAAAAAAAUGAUAGCUUAAUAAUAAUUUACAAUUCUUUAUAAUAAUCCUAUAAAGAAGCUUUUCCGCUUCUGUAUAAUUCAGCAAAAAAAAUUAAUAUUAUUAUAUCUCUUACCGAUCGUUAUCUAUAGAUUCGAUAAAUCGUUCGAUAUCGCGCGAGUGUAGAUGUAAUGAGCCGCAGAGGAUUAUUAAAUUUUCGUUUUUAUAUAAACGUAAUAUUAUAAAUUACGAGUGUAUUGCAUUACGUUAUUAUAAUAUUUUCUCGUAAUGCACAAACUGCAACAUAAUAAUAUAAGAGUGCAUCGAUAAUAUAAUAUUGUUUUCGAUUAAUUGUCGUCCCGUUGACGUAAAAACGGUCGAGUUUUACUAAUGUUAUUUUUAUAUACAUAAUAAUAAUUUAAUAUAAUAUAUUUAUUACAUAUUAUAUACGAUACGCGUAGAAAACUAUAAUCCGUCGGGAAAUUUAUUGGAGUUUUAAAAAAGUCAAAAUACUAUAACAGCUAUUAUCAUUACCUAUAUCAUUGGUCCCGUGUCGAUUGUUCCCAUUAAAAAAAAAAAAAAACAACGUUAUGCCGUUUGUUUUUAUUCAGUUUUUAGACCAAAAAUAAGAGCAUGCAUAUUCUGGCGCGUGUUUUAUACCAUGAAAAUUAAAAUACCAUAUGUCACUAUGUAUGAUACGUACUAUUUGUUUGACGAAAAAGGCGCAAGCCGUAUGAUUAAGCCGUCUAGAACGUCAUUAAUUAGGUUAGUCUAUUUAGCGAUUCGUUCGACAUUUAAUUUGCUUGUUUUUGAAAAUUGCACAAAAUCGACCGAGCUCUUCCCCGGGACCGUAGAAUCAAAAACGUAAUAUUAUGAGGUUUUUCGAAUCGAGUAAAAUAACAAAAUUUGAAUUCCAACGUUUUAUAAAAUAAACACGUAAUACCUUUUAUAAUUUGUAUAUAUACCUACUUUACAUUAUUGUUAAGAAGACAAUUUGGAUGCACUAAUAAUUUAAAUAACAACGUACUUCCACGACAGUGUAAUAUAUAAUAUAAACUGCAUAUGCAUUAAAACAACUCUUGAAUUAUAAUAUAUUAUACAUAUACAUAUUAUAAGGCGAAUUAUGUUUUUAUUGUGUUUUAAUCCAUUGUCAAUUUACUUACUGCACUCGCAUAAUUUAUAUUAUACACAGAAAAAACGAAAAACGAUUCUGAGCUGAAAGUUCGGUUAAACAUUUUUUUUUUUUUAAUACCCUGUGAUUUUUACGAUUUUCAUAAAAAUUCCAAUAUUUGAAACGUUCAUCAUACAUUACACUUAAUUUUUUAUCUGUCCGCUAAUUACAACUUGACGGUCUUUGUAUUAAUUUUGCAAAUAUUUUUGUCUGGCCAAAAUAAUUUUAUAUUUUUAUCCAUAUACAAUCAAAUAUAAGUAAGGGAGAUAAUUUGACUAUUUAAAAUAGUUAAAAAUAGCUCAGAAAUCGUCAAAAUGUAACCAUUUUACCUGGUCUGCAGAGGGCCAUUAUACGUAUUUGGUAAAAAUUGAAGGCGUCUACGAUUGAUUUAACUGAAUUACAAAAAAAUAAUAAAAAGCAAAACUAACAGAAACCGAUAUUGCGUACAUUUUUCUUUUCUCUUUCGUCCAUACAUUUGUAUUCCGAUUAUUAAGAAAAACUCAAAAAUCGAAAUAUCAAAAAGACAUAAUUGGCUAAAAUAAGCUCUAUAGUCAUUUUGAGAUCGGAACGAGAUUUCUGGUAAACGAGUUUUUUACAGACAGAAAAAAAACUGCGCAUCAUAGUAAGACCAAUACACUAUUCGUUACACUCGGAAUAAAAACACCAAUAAUAUUUAAUUUCUACCGUUUAUAAUGUUAUAUAAUAUUAGACUGUUAUAGUUCAGAGUUCUAUCUGAAUUCUAAUUAUCAAGGAAACUAGAUUUAUAUUGACAAAAGUUGUGGAAUUAUUUUUAUUGACGUAUUCCAUUAAAAUAUAUUAUAUGUUUAUAAAAGUAUUGUCCCGACGCUCUGUUUCUUUUUUAGUAUUGCCUUAUUCGAGAUAAUGCCUACAAAUGUUUGUCCUAGAUAAAACGUUUCGAGAAAACUUUUAUUAUAAAUAUGUUAUAGUCUAUAAGUGGCGUAACUAAGAGGGAUCUGAGGGUGUGGGCGUACCCGGGCUCAUUAUUUUUCCUUUAAUAAUAUACGAUGAUUCAAAGUUAUAAAUUAUACAGGGUGAUUUUUUCAUCAUGAACCAGCAAUUGUCUCUGAGGAAUUUAAUUGAAUUUGAUUUCUAGUUUUUUUUUUUAUUAUAAUUGUGAAAUCGGUUAAGCUUUGUUUUGAAACUAUUUUUAAUUCUUACCCUUACUCCAUAUAUCGACCUUAAAUAGGUAUAUACUUUUGUUUUUCCUUUUGUUCACAGAUUCGAUUAGAGAAUAUUUGUCUAUGUCUAAAACAUAAAAGUUCUAACAUUUUUUUUUUUCUAAAUGUACAAAUGAUUUUAUGUGAACACUACGUCAAUUUAUACUUGUUGGUUUCAACCACGACCUAUAUGCAUCUAACAAAGUUAUACCCAUAAUCUGUACGAUUUUUGUUGUUUUUCAAUCGAGUUUCAAUAAUUUUUUUUCAUUUACGGUGCACGGGUAUAUUACAUUUUUUCUGUAUAGGUAGGUACUAUAUUUAUUAUAUUUUUAUAUCCUAUACUUUUUUUCAAGGGAUAAAAUUUUUUUUUUCGUUAUUAUAAUAUUAUAUUUCUAACUAAAUAUAAGUUACUCAUACGUACAUGAUAUUAUGCGGUGAUUUUAAAAAAUAAAAACAAAUAAUAAGACAAUACUUGUAUUUUGUUUCUAAUUCGGUCGUAUUAAGGAAUUUAGUUGAUAUUUUUAGUUGAUAAUUUAGUUAACCAAUUUAUAUAUUUUAGAUUUUGAGUGAAGCGAGCAAACAUAAAUGCUUGACAAUUUAACAAAGGUUCAUUAUAAGUCGUACUUUUUGGUAAAAAAAAAAUUGAGUGUAAUAUAAAAUUCUUUUUAAUUAGAAUUUUACUAUCAAAUUUUGACGAAAAUUGUAAAUAUUACGGCCUUUCAAAACGUUUUUUCGUUAACAAAGUUUGAUCGUUGCGUAAAGAUAUACAUUAAAUUCCCCUUUGUAUCCUUCCUUCCUAACUCCUUAUCUACAACAAUCUACAACAACUCACCUAUCGUUAGAAGAAUGUCCGUCUUUUUUUUUUGUUGUUUUUUAUAUUCUUACACAUUAUUUUUUGGUAAUUAUAUAUUUUCAUGAUUUAAAUAUUUCAUGUAAUACAUGAUAGAGGUACACAUUAUCUACGGUUGAAAAUAGGUUAUUAAUAAAUUAGGUUACAUAGAUUAAUAUUAUUUAUUAUUAUUUAUAAAUGGAAUGCAUAUAACGUAAACAAAUAAAUAAAGAAUUAUAAUAUAUAUAUAUAUAUAUUUUUUUUUUUAAUCGCGACAAAUUAAAUUAGAUACUUCAGUAAUUGCUUAAUUAAAAUUGCAUUAAAAGGUUAAUUUAACCAAACAUUUUUUUUUUGUCAUUAUUCCAAUUGUAAAUAGAAAACAAUAAUUUAUUUUUAUAUGUAAAUGUACAAUAUUAUGAGCGUUUUAUCGCGAGCUAGCCAUUUUUUCGAAAGAUUUUAAGGGCCAUCUACACCAACACAAACGUUGAUUUUUAUACGACAUUUAUAAGAUAACCGACGAAUCGUGAUCGGUUAUCAGCCAUAAACUCAGUUUAAAAAUCAGAUAAACAAAAGUAUUUAUGAUUGUGAGGACAGGCCCUAAGAGAAUUUGAUUUCUGUUUUUGCAAUCAUUUUGGGACCGUUUAAGCUUUAUUUUAACAAUCUUCCCUACUCUUCCGGUAUAAAUUGUAAACUAUUAUUACUCGUAAAUGGUAAAUCCGUUAUACAUGUCAUAAUGUAAAAAUAUAAUAUAUACUGUUCGAAUCUGUCUGUAAAAGGGGGUUCCUAUUUGAUAAUCAACGGUAUAUAAGAAGUAGUAGUGAAAAAUUAAAAACAGUUUUAAAAUAAAGCUUAAACAAUUCUAUAAUGGUUGAAAAAAACAACAGAAAUUAAAUUGAUCUAAAAUCUCCCGAGAAUUUUGCUGAUACGUUAAAAGUGGAUCACUCUGUAUAUGUUUAUGGGAGGUUACGUCUAUAACAAAAAUUUAAAGUGGACAUUAUACUAUGUGAACAUUUCAUAUUAUGUAAAUAUAUGGGUAUUGGUAUACCUACUUAUAAGUAUAUAGUACGGGCACUUGAGCUAAAAUAAUUAACCGAAAAUGAGUCACUAAUUUAAUUUAUUAAUAAUUAUAGUAAUGUUGUAUAAAUAUAUUUUUAAUAGAUUAUUGGCAAUAUUCACAUGUAGGUAUACCUAGUUAUCUGAAUUAAUUACUUUAGAAUAAUAUUGUAUUGUUGUAGAUAUUUUGUAUUUAGAUAAUAAUACACUAAUACUAAAUAGUUGAACACAAUAUAUCGCGUGUUUUCGAAAAUUUUUCAUUUUUAAAAUACGAUACCAUUCCAGAGUUAGGGAGACAAGCAAUUUUAUCAUUUCAAAUUUGAUUUUUAUCUUUAUAUUACGUGCCUACCUGUAUUUCAUUCGUAAGUAUUUUAUUAUUUUGAAUAAGUAAUUGUUAUACUAUAUAAAAAUAUAUGAAGGGUACAGGGAAAAAAUCAGAAAAGUUACUUUUUUUUCAAAAUAGCGAUAUCGGUAUCAAAUAAUUUGUAUUGACGUGCCGUAUCUUUUGUGCAAUUGAAAUGGCGAAAAAACCAGAUUAUUCGAAAGUAAUGAAUGCCAGAAGUUUAAGCCUAAAGGAAAAAAAACAGAUAAUCAAUUUAUAGCCAGUUAAUUGUUGGGUUAAUAUACUGAUAUAGCCUUGAAUAAUAAUAAAAUAUGAAAUUUUUAUGUUGUGAUUACUAAAUUUCAAAGUUUAAAAUUAAACUUAAUCCGAACUUUUUACAUUGUAAAAAAAAAAUUUCAGUUUGAAAAAAAGUGACUUUUUCUUCUCUGUACCCUUCUCAUAUAUCCAUUUUACACGUUUUGUUCAAUCACGUUAACCAAUGUGUUUUUUCGUAUUACCUAUUAUUAUUAAUUUGGGCAGGACGUGUGAUUAAAUUUGCUAUCCAAACUUACAUUAUAUUCCAUAUAUACGUGUUUGUUUCAUAUGUACCGUAAUAUAUUAUGUUCUGUCCGAAACCAAUCGAUACAUUUGCUCUUCCUGUUCAUUGUUGUUUGUUUCGUUUUGCCAUUAACGCGAUACCUUUUUUUUUUCCAUUCUAUACACUAUAUUAUGACGUAUUUUAUGCAGGUAAAAUAUUUUUGCAUUAGUCUCUUUGUAAUCGUUUUUAUUGUUCGUUAGAAUAAUGUUUAUGUAUCUUAUAAUAUAGUUACUGCGCUGCUGCAGUAUUAAACACCUAUUAUCAUCGUAAAUGAUUCAUGUGAUAGAUGUGGCUAAUAGAUUGAAAAAGUGAUUAGGAGUGAUAAAUUAUAAGCGAAAUAGAAUGUUUCGCUUGAGGAAUUCCUCUCCCUCGUCACAUCAUCAAGUAAUCGUGACUUAUUAUUUCCUCAAGUAUAGGUAGUUAGUUAGGUACUGUGUACCAGGUACAAUCUACAUACGGAGACAUAUAUCGAAUAAAAUAACAAUAUAAUUGUACAAAUGAAAUAAAUUAAACAUCGUAAGGUGAAAUUUAAAUUCCUGCAAACAAUAUUGGUUUAUUUUAAUAAUAAGUUUAUUCAAAUAGAAUGUCAAGUAUGCAUGCACUUACGUAAAACAUAAAUCUUAGCAAAAAAUGAUCUUAUACGAUAAUGUCUAGAAAUCCAAAGUUGCAAAUUAAUUAAUUUUUAAUUUAAAACAGUUAUUAUUGUUCAUGUUAAGUAUUAUGUAACUGACUGUAUUUUUAUUUGACAUCAUAACAUAAUGUAUUCAAAACAUAUACUAUUAAAAUAUUCUAUAUUUAUUUAAAAAUUGAUAUGUGUAUCUAUAUCUGAUCAACCCACUUAUGGUCUGAAGUGAACAUGUUUUAAAAAAAAUAUUUUACUUACAGAUUUUGAACUUAAACUGUGUAAAAACAAUAUUAUUUUCUCGAUUUCGAGUCGGUAAAAUAACAUCGAAAUUAAAAUUUUCCCUAAUUUUUUUACCACGUUUUGUAGUACCAUACAUAAUGUAUGUAAUAUGUUUGUAGUUUAACGUGAUGUUAAUCAACUUUAAGUGCAUAACGUUUAUCAGCUUUAAAUCGUAUUACGUUAACAUAAUAUCAUCAUACGCAUGAGUAUCUACUUUCAAUUACAUAAUUGUAUAUUUAUAAUUAUUGUUAACCAUGUUUGAAAAUUAUUUUACUUGAGUAUUGGCUGGUUAAACAGGACUUACACGAGUAAUUUAUUUAUCUCGCGUUUUGAACUUACUGGUCAAUUUAAUAAUUAGAAAGUGAUGUUAAAUGCAAUGUAUCGCCUAAGAACAAGAAAUAUGAACUAAUAUUGUUAUUUUUUAUUAUUAUUCCCAUAAAUAUACCGUGAAAGCUAUCACAUAUUUGGAGUCUUUAAUUCGCACACGUGAACAUAUACAGGUAUAGGUUGUGGAUACUGUAUAAUAUAAACUACAUAUUUACGUUCAGUAUUACUACAUUAUUGAUUGAUUUUUUUUCCCCUCCCAAUUUUAUUCAGGUUAUUCGAAUCUAAUUAGUCGUGUAAAUAUAAUAUGUACCUAACUUUAAUAUAAUAUACUAGUGCUGUAGGUACUGCGUAAAGGUGUAAAUUAUAUAAUAAUAAUUGCAUAAUAACGUACCUAAUACCUAUAUAAUAUAGCGGCGAGAUAUUAUACUUUUAUAGCGGUUUUUAUUGUAAUAUGUUUUUCAGGAUCGAUUUACAGCAGCUAGCGUAGGUAUAUUGAAUUUCUGUGCGCAAUCGGUAAUGCCCAUAUAACGUUACCAUUAUCGCGAUACAUUUAUUUAUUUCCUGUGUACAUUUCAUUUUAAUACUCGGAAUAUUAAUAAUCUGUGUAUAUAAAAUCCAAAUACCGUUGACUCAAUGAUUGCUGUAUCCCAAAAACUACUCAACGUACGCACUUGAAAUUUGGAAUUAUGGUUCCUCUAAUACUUUCACCGUGCAAUAGGAAAGGAUUUUUUGAAAAUUCAACCCUUAAGUGGAUAAAAUAGGGGUUUUUAGGUAUAUUAGGCACGAACAUCUAAUUGUUUAUUUAUUUAUUUAUUUUUGUUUGUUGAAAGGUUACCUUGGUGUUACGGAAAAGAAAACUAUUGUAAUAAUUAUUAUUAUUAAUACUUGUAUUUGCACUAUUAAAUUUCAUAAUAAAACACAUUUAGUCCGUCGAAGAUGGACACAUUCCACAUAUUUGUUUUCAUUCAAUUCUGACACGGCCAAAACCAAAACUUAAUAUAGGUAAAAUAAUAAUAAUAAAAAUUGGCACGGGCAACGCUGGGCGCGGGACAACUAGUAUUUCUACAUUAUUUUCAUCGAAUUAAUUCAAAUUAAAUACAACUUGACAUCAGCUCUUGUAUUGAUGUAUAGGUGCUUAUAAUAUGUAUAUAAUGUUCUUAAGAUUUUAGUGAAAAAAAUUAUACCAAAUAUAAUAUAAUCAUGAAAGUCGAAAAUAAAAAUAAUUAAUAUGGAGGAAUAUUACGAAUAAUACCGUCCGAAAUUCUUGACUUAUGGUGAACUGCAAAAUAAUACGUCUGCUUGAUGCUCAUCAUCUUGGGGAAUUAUUGUUUUACAUUAUCUAUACUGCAGACUACUUCUAUAUGCCCAUUAUUAUAAUAUAUACUAUGUGUUAAACAGACCGUAAUUAAUUGACGCUAAAAAAGAAAAUAGAUAAAGCGUAUAUGAAUUAUAAUGUGCAUAUAUAUGAUGCAUUAACAUUGUUUUUAAUGUCGAAGAGAAAUCCUAGUAAAUUGUCGAUUAUUACCCUCAUAGUGUUAAUUAAAAUCAUCAAAUUAUCAACAGGUACUUUUAGGUGUACGAUGAGUUUAUACAAUUUUUACCGGCAAAAUUAUUGUAUCGAUUUGAAAAUUUAAAAAGGCUGAUUUGUGGUGUCACUGUUUCAGGAGGUAAGUUGGCAAGGAGGAUAUUGUAUAGAGCAAUUUAGUUUAUAUCUGUAUACGCAACAGUAAAUCAUUUCUAACGAUCAACUAUUCUGAGUACAAUAUUAUUACCUAGUUGUCCUUGUCGCCAAAAUAAUUCAGAAAUCAACAAAAAAUUAUCAAACAAAUUGACAGUUCCCGUUUAUUGAAAAAAUUAAAAGGUAAAUCAAAAAAGGUGCGUUUCCUCAACGCACCACCUAGAUAUAAAAACGAUACGAGAAAAUUCCUAUACAAAAAAAAAAACCACAACAUCGUAAAACCAAUACAUUCAUAGCUUUGCGCAGAAUUAAAGUUAUUUGAUAUUAAGGCAAAAAUAAUUAGUUCGCAGCAGUUUUUCGUCAGUUACUCGGUUUUCGGCAAUAAUUCGAUUAUUAUUAUUUGUAUCGUGCGGGUCUCAUAUUUGUUUUAACCAUCAAAAUUCGAUUAAGAGCUCUCUUUAUAAUAUAUUAUAUUACGGUCUAUGGACAAAGAGAAAUAAUAAUAUGCUAUAGGGGAGUGACAUCUAAAUUAAUGUUUCCUAUUACACUUAUAUAUAUAUAUGUAUAGGUGUAUGUGCGGAGGAAAUAAAAUACUGAGCUGUAUAUAAUUGGUGUCAAGAGCCUAAAAAUAUAUAAGCGAUGUAGCUUUAUUGAAGUUUUGUUCCGUAGUCCAUAAUUUAUAUAAUUAAUAAUUGUUGCGGAGUACCAUUAAAACAUAAUUAUUAUGACAUUUUGGAGGCACUGUGGAAAAAUAUUUUUACCGAUUAUCCGCGUAAACGAUAACACAAUAUAGAGGAAUAUUCACGUUGUAUGGGUGCAGCAGUUCACUGCAACAAUAAAUAAAAAUGAUUCCAAUUUUGUGUAUUUGAGGUUUGCUGCUGGUCUUUUCUAUUGUGUUAUUUAUUUAUUUUUUGUUCUUUGAAUAACGAUUGUCACUUGUCAACACUUUUCGAUGUCUAUUUUAAUAGUAUGGACGUAAUAUUGGUUAAACAUUUGAUUGAUUAUAAUUAUUUAGGUGUAAUAAAAUGUAUAUUACAUUAUAAUAUGAAUGCGUAUCAGAAUAUUAUAAUGUAGUCUGUACAAUUUGUUUCGUAUAUGUAACGACGUUAUUACAUUUUAUGUUUAGUCAUAUCAUUUUUAAUAAUAAUAUACAAUACACUAAUUGAAGGUCCAUUAAUCAUAUUAUAAUUAUAUAUUUAUUUUGUUUGCAGUAUACACAUAAAAUUAUGUUGCCGGACAUUGAUAAAAAACCGAAAAAACCGCUGUUGAUUAAAAUGGCUGGUUACUUGGAAAGAAAGGAUAGAAUGGUUAGUAUUAUAUGCAUCAUUUAAUGUUUACGUCAAUAUAAUAUUAUCGUAAAUGCGUAUUUUAUGACAUUAAAGUAUAUAAUAUAUCGCAUGGCUUUAGUGUAGCAACACCUAUUAUCUUACUAUAGCCGGAUAUAAAUGCAAAUAAAAAUAUUCAUGGCAAUUUAGCAAAAAUAAUUAAAAAAAUAAUUGUAUAAAAUAAAAUAAAUAAUAAUAAUAGUUAAAACAAUUGGUACUUAGUUAUAUAGUUUAAGAAAUUGAAUAUUUUUGUCAAUAGUAGUUAUAAUAUAAUAACAAGCAGAUCCACCAUCCACUUUAUCGCUUUUUUUUUUUCACUUGAUAGAUAUCAUGUAUAAUACCGGUUAAUGCUCACAGUGGGUAUUCAUUAAUGAUGUGGCUAUAAGUCAUUUGCGAUUCGUGUACACUGUAAAGUCCCAUUUUGCCGAAUCCAACUUCGCCGAAAAAAAAACCAGUUUUAUACGGUUCGAUAAAAAUCCCAUUUGGCUGAAUCCUAUUUUGUCGAAUUUCGUUUUUCCGAAAAAGCCCAUGUUUUUACUUUAUAUACGUAUUAUUAACGGAUAAAUUAUUAUUAAGUUCCGUAAUCGUAUCGCUGAUAAAGUAACAGUAAUAAUAAAAACAUACGAGUACUCAGUACUUAUACAAAUCUACAAAUUGAUUUAUACGCACUGUCAUACUCUUUAGUCUGCAGUCACCCAGGCCGUACAAGCAACCUAACCGUACAAUUUUAAAAUAGAAUAGGUAUGUCUCGGUAUAAAAUUAAUUCAAAAUCAUGACCAAAAGAUAUUAGUACUAGAUAGUUAUAUACACAUGAUAGAUAAAUGUAAUAGACGUAAUGAUUAUUAAAAUAUAUCAAUAAUAAUGUAUAAUAAUAUCAAAAAGUCAUAAUUCGUAAUCAUCCGACGCGUGGAGUUGAAAUGGCAUGACGUGAAUUUCGAGAUACUCUAAAGGUAAAAGAAAUCUUCUAUUUUUUUAUACUACAGUUUAUUUACAGUUAUAUUUUAUUAAAAUAUUAAUAUACAUUUUUAAAUAUAUGUACCUGUAAUAAAGUUCGAAAUCAGAUAACGUACGUUAAUUUUUUUUUCUGGGAAUAUAGUAUGUAUAAUAUUUUUUUUUUCAAAAUAUUGACAUUUUUUUAAAAUUGUUGGUAUUAUUUUCCAUCACUCAAGAGUUCAGCUAGUAGGUAGUUAUAGGUAUUAAAUUAUUUUCAAAGUACCUAGGUAAAAUUUAGUAUAGUAAAAACUAUAGUAGGUAUUUAAUGUGAUUCGGUGAAAUAGGAUUCGGCGAGACGGGUUUCGGUGAUAUAGGCCUAAAUCGUGUACAGAGAAUUACACGCGUUUCAGAAUCAUGCAGUCCCCGCAUUCAACAACAUCAUGUGAUCCACCUGAUAUUUGAAUCAAGGGAUUUCUUAAAAUUAUUCCAGUUUGCUUGUCUGAAAAUUCCAUCCCGGUUUUGAGAUGGUAUUCACAAUAAUAAUUAGUAAUUGGAUUCUAAUAUUUAUGAAUAUUAAUCUAUGCUGACUCUUAGGAAAAUUAUUUAGAACUGUUCUUUGAGCUUGUAGUGCAGACUCCUACAUACUCCUACUUUUGAUUUUUGUAGUUUAUGACUGAUUUUUAAUUAUUUACUUUUUACAACUUUACAUCUAUCUAGUGUAGGAGUUAACACUAUGUCAAUGUAGGAGAUUACCUACUUUUGUAGGAGUUUGCCAUCCCCCAAUAUAAGUUCAGCACAAUAAAUAAUCUCUAUUGUAGGGGAUAAUUCGAAAAAAGAAUUGUUGCAAUAAUUACAUAUUAUCUAGUUUACAAAUAUGAUAUGAUUACAUUAUUCCGUUUUUUUAGAAAUUAGUGGGUAUACGUCGUUGGAUAAAAAGAUGGUGUGUGCUCGAGGGAAAACUAUUGCUGUAUUUUAAAACUCAAUCGGAAUAUUCUCAUAAUUUAUCGCCUUGCAGAGGUUCAGUCAACAUGGGACUCGUAUUAUCUAUAAAACAACGAGAUCCGUGUCAACUACAAAUCGUCACCAGAUCUCAAGUCAUUAUCUUCGUGAGUAUAAAAUAUAAUAUCUUUAGUUCCAGGGAAAAAGAGCUUGUACAUUUUUGGCCUAUUAUAUUGUGAGCGAAGCUAGUUAUUGGUUUUACAAUUUUUAAAUAUUUAUAUUUUUUUUUUAUAUUGUGUACAAAAAUUCAACCAGAAAACUUGAUCCAAUUUUCAACUGUAACACCUUUUCUAAAAAAAACUUUUUUCUGAGGUGGUACUUAGUAAAAACCUAGAAAAAACGUAGGAAAACGGGAUAAUUUAUGUAUUUUCGUAAUUGAGCAAAACAAAAAAUAAAUAGAAAGAACGGGAAAAUUUACGAAUAAAAUUAUUUUAAUAUUUUCAAUUUUGUUUUUGUUGUCAAACAUUCAGUUCAAAAUGUUUAUAGGGAUUUGAAAUUUGGAUAGAAGACUUAUAUUUGCUUUUUAUAGACGCGAUACAAUUUUAAAAACAUUUGAGCCAUUUUUGAGCUAUUUAUAGACAUUUAAAUUUUGCUAGUUUUUUAUGUAAUAUUUAUUUGGUAGGUAUUCUGUAGGUAGAAUUAUUAGACCAAACAGAAAUGCUUGAAAAUUAACCAGGAAGUUCAUUAUAAAUUGUACUCAAUGGUCAAUAAGAAAAAGUUAGUUUAAUGUAGUAUUUUGUUUAAUAACAAUUAAUUAAUACAACUAAUUUUAAUAUCAAAUUUUGACGAAAAUCGUUUGAGUAAAAAAAUAUGUGAAACAAAUCUAGCUACUGGUCCAUACAAAUUUUUCAAUAUUUUUUGUUUUAAUAAUAUGUAUAAUACCUAUUACCGAUUUAAGAACGAUUGUGCAAUCAGAAUUGAUCAGACUGAUUAAGUUUCGAAGUCAUAGCUUAAAUAAUAAUAAAUAAAUACAAAUAAUUUCGGCAAACGGUACUCUUCUCAGACCUCCCUAUAAAUGCCUGAAUGAGGGGGCCGUCUGUUGAAAAUUUCGCUCCCAGGCCCAAAUUUUAAAGUUACGCUACUAGCAGUCUAAAAUAUCUUCUUUUUUUUAAUAAUAUUUAUUCAUAAAGAUUUGAUAUGUGUAUAUUUUACAAACACUAAAACGUCUAAAAUAUAAAAGUUCUAACAUUUUUUUUUCUAAAUGUACAAAUAAUUUUAUGUGAACACUACGUCAAUUUAUACUUGUUGGUUUCAACCACGACCUAUAUGCAUCUAACAAAGUUAUACCCAUAAUCUGUAUAAUUUUUGUAGUUUUUCAAUCGAGUUUCAAUAAUUUUUUUUCAUUUACGGUGCACGGGUAUAUUACACUUUUUCUGUAUAGAUAGGUACUAUAUUUACUAUAUUUUUAUAUCCUAUACUUUUUUUUCAAGGGAUAACAUUUUUUUUUUCGUUAUUAUAAUAUUAUAUUUCAAACUAAAUAUAAGUUACUCAUACGUACAUGAUAUUAUGCGGGGAUUUUUUAAAAAAAAAAACGAAUAAUAAGUCAAUACUUGUAUUUUGUUUCUAACUCGGUCGUAUUAUGGAAUUUAGUAGAUAUUGCCAAUGUAUACAUUUUAGAUUCUAAGCAGAGCGAAACUUUAUACUUUUUGGUAAAAACGAAAAAUUGAGUGAAAUGUAGAAUUAUUUUUUAAAUUAGAAUUUUAGUAUAAAAUGUUGACGAAAAUAAGAGCAUUAAGAACCAAUGUAAAUUUUUUGAGAAUGUUUAUUCUGAUUUAAUGUAUUCUUUGAUAACACUGAUGGCCAUGGUGACAUGGGUAUGUUUUUGUAAAUAAAUGCAUACUCCAUACAUAUUGAUGCAAAUAAGAUAUAAAUUGAGGGUAAAAUUCCCCUCAAACUAAGUCUUUAUAUAGUAACUAAUAGGUUAUAUAUUUAUGUAUCCCUCUACAUAUAAUAUGUUUAUUAUUUAGUCAUUGUUUUUUCUCAAAAAAAUGGGUUGUUCAUAUCCCUAAUAGUAAGUAUAAAAUGUUGUAAUAUAGAUGUUAGUAUUGAUAUAAAAAUAUAUUAGUGACGAAUAAGUUAGCGAGUGGUUUUUCUCAGUUUUAUUAUGGGCCGGUCAAAAAUUUUGCCCCCUCUCUUAAAAAAUUUAAUUAAGCCGCUGUAAAGGAGGGGUAUUGACUUCAUAAAAUGUUUGCUAAAAACUAAAAUGGUGCUUCUGAGGAGAUGGAAAUCAUACAGUAGUUGAAAUUAUAAUGUAAUAAAUAAUAUAAAUUUAAAAUUCCAUUAGAAACAAACGUAGGUACUAAACAUACCCAAAGACAAAAUUAUUUCACUGAGUUUAUUUAAUUAUAAAAUUUAAAAGAAGAAAAAAAGUUAAUUUAUGAUACAAUAGUAUGGCACCAAUGCAAAACAAAUCAUUAUGCAUAGUAUUUUGUGAUUAUGUAAAACUUAUAUUCUAAUAAUGCUCUUACCAGGUAUAAUCAAAUAGGUACUUAUUUCUGUAUUUCAUGUGGUUUUAGUAAAUCAUUAAUAAUAAUAAUAAUAAUAAUAAUAAUAAUAAUAAUAAUGUAUAAAACGCAGAAUAAAAAAAAAUAUAUAUAUUAGCUAGGAAAUUGUAAUGAUGGAAGUUAUUGUAUAAUAAAAUAUUAUGGCGAAAUGAACAGAAAAAAAAGGAAAUUUUAUUAUGACGAGGUUAUAAUAUUAAGACGGGAUUCAAUCGUAAAAUCAAGUAGGUACAUUCGGCCGUGUUCGACCUAACUAUAAAUAAUAAUAAAAAAAAAAAACAUACGGACAUACUUCGUUCAAUGGCCACUGUAAUAGGUAAGAAGUUGUAAAGUCAGAGGGGAAAUUUAAUUUAUAUCUGUACGCAACGAUUAAUCAUUGCCUACGAAAAACGAUUUUGAGCGAAGUACGAUUAUAAAUGUUUUAAAGGGCCGUAUUAAUAUUUACGAUUUAAAAAUAUUACAUAUUAUACAUUUUCCUGUUUUUCUUAUAUUUCCCGAUCUUUCUUAUGUAUUAUAAAAAUCCCCGGGAAAAUCAAAAAAUGACUUUCUUAUACCACUCCAGAAUAAUUUCCUAUCUAAAAAGGUGCUAUACUUGAAAAUCGAAGCAAGAUUCCUGGUAAAAAAAUUGUUCACAGAAAAAAUAAAAAUAAAAAAAUACAUAUCAUUGUAAAAUCAAUACAUUCCUUUGUAUUUUUUUAAAAUAUUUAUUUCCUCUAGAAAAUAUAAAAAUACAAAAAAAUAAAAAUAAAAAAUACAAAUUGAAUUACCUAUAUGGAUCUGUUUAUAGCUCUUAAGAGUCCCACUCGAGAUUUUUCACAAUUCGCUUAACAUUAAUUAUAAUGUCUUAAAAUUCUUAACAAAUCCAGACAAAAAAAUUCAAUCGCUUCUAAUUUUAUAUUAAAAGGGGACUGUGCAGUGUGCAUAACUUUAUUUUUCGAUCAAAACAUCAUUUACAGCAGGCAUGUCAAACUCAAAGUAUAAAGCGAGCCAAAUAUAUUGACUAGUAAAGUUUACUAUACGGGUCGCGUAUAAACAUUUAACGAAAAAAAACAUUUUAUACAAAUUUUUCAAUUUUGUUUAAAUUAUUUGUAAGUAUUUUUAAUAAUUUAUUAACUUUUAUUUGAAUAAUACAAAAAAAAAAAAAUCAUAUUAAUUAUUGAUGAGAUAAAGGUUAUUUAAAUCACAAAAUAAAACUAUAUUAAUACAAUUUUUUUUAACUAUAUUUGAACAUUUCUUUUCUGCUAUCAACUUUUUUAUUUAGGGAGAAAUUUUAUUGGACGAAACCACUUUUAAGUUCAAAUUUAGAUGUGUGUUGGUUAAUCUGGAUCUAACGAGCGAUUUAUAGCUAAUUUAUGAAUGAAAAUAGUUAUUCACAUUAAUAAGUAUUACUAAAUAUAUUUUUUUCAAUCUUUCAACGAAACCUUUAUUUUUCUUCGUCAUCGAAGGAGCUCCAUCUGUAGCAACAAAUGGUAACUUUGCCAAAGGUAAAUCAUAUUUUUUUCAAGAGUUCAAAAAUAGAAACGAUUAUUUCUUCUUUUAUAAUAGUAUAAUGCAUAAGUAUAAUUUCCAAUAACUCUUCUAAAAACAAUAAAUUCCAUAACGCAAGCACGAAAAACACAGCUAACUGAGCUGUAGCACUAAUAUCGGUACUUUCAUCAUAAGCAAUUAAAAAAUACUCGAAACUAGGUACUUUAAUUAUUUUAAUCUGAUUACUCAAAUUUCAUGCUAGUCCAGUUAUUCUUUCAGCAACCGUAUUUCAUGUUAACGAAAAGUUUUGGAAAUCUUUUAGAUUAUUUCCUGGGCAAAUAAUCUCAGCAGAAAUAAACAAACAUGUUUUUUUUUUUUAUGUCGCGUACCGAUAAUAUCAGUUAUUAAUCUAUAAUUUAUAAAUAUAUUACCAUCAAUAAUUGUUAUUUAAUUACGGUUUAUCAGAAGAUAAGAUAGUAUAAUAAUGUAUAUCAAAUAUAUCAUUCUCUAAGAUAGUUGUGCCACGAAAUUAAAAUUGUAAUAUUAUUUUUUUAUUUUGUCCAUUAAUAUUGAUAGCCGCAGCCACGAGCCACGAGCCGCAUGUCAAACAUGCCUGGUUUAAAGGAUUAAAUCACCUGUCUAAAAUAGAUAUCCGAUCUCAAUACUUUUGUUUUUGUUGAAAAAAGGACCACUUUCUAGCUUUUUCAUAGACUUUUGACUGUGCAACCAAAAAUCACAAAAAUAAUAAUAAUAAUAAAAAGUUAAAAAAAAUAGUAAAAAUUGGUCACAUUAAAAUUCUACACACAACCUUUAGAAAUAUAACUUUUAAAUUCAAGUGCAAUAAUUCACCUUGUUAAAAGUCAAUAAUUCCAAAAAAAAAAAAAAAUAAUAAUAAAAAUGAUUGAAAUCGCGGAUGAGGCAGAAGUGUUAACACUGUAAAGCACGUUUUUGAGCGAAAAACAAGCCGCCCGCAGUCCCCUUAAUGGGUAAAAUAGUUAUAAUUUUCACACACUUUAUUUUAUUAUAAUUAUAAUUAUUACUUGUUCCGACAAAAGUCAAUACAGGUGAUUGUCGGGUGUAAAACUUAUGUAUAUAUGAUAUAUGUUUAAAAAAAAUCAAUGUUAAUUUCUAGAGAACAAAAUCACAAUCCGAACAAAACGAAUGGUUGACCGCAUUGCAGGACGCCAAAAAUACCAAUCAGUCAAUUAUCGACCCUAAGGACGUCUAUUAUAAAACGCACAUCAUGAACAUGCACUGUCUGAUGGGCAACAACCGAAUACUCGUCGAGCCUAUCAAGUCCGAUGUCCGCAAUACCGUCGCCGCGUACAAUGGCAAUUACCUGCAGUACGGGAUGUCGCUGGACGACGUAAUCGCCGAGAGGGGCAUGCGCAAUAAUUAUAAUUAUUAUAACAACAAUAAUAACAAUUAUUAUGUUCGGAACGCGAAAAAGAAAUCGUCGGCUUUGCGGAAAGCCGAGUCCGACAACCGGAUAAGUUUCUACAGAGAAAUCCACGGCCUCGUCCGCACCGGAGCAAUAGCCGCCGCCACGUCACCGCCGGUCAGCGAGAAGUGGUCGUGUCGCUCGAGAAGUCUGUCGUACGAGAGCAUUUACUUCAAACCGCAAGAAAAGUGUGCGCCGACGAUCGCCGAACCUGUGAAAUCGCAGAGCUUCCGCGGGCUCGUCAUGCCCGCGAUGGCACACCACUCUGAAACAUUCACGAUUUACGCGAACACCGACAGUAUAUCUAAACGGCUGAGCAGAUCCAUGUCGUUUUUCCGAAGACAUUGCGAGAAUUACGAUUCCGACGAUUACGAUUAUAUCGAGGAGGAUCGCGUCUGCUUAUCGGAGUACACAAAACGUGAGUUUAGUGCAUCUAUUUGGUAGAUACCCAGCAGUUAUACACUUAUAUUUGUAUUACAUAGUCUAUAUUUAUAACACACAGAAGUAUUUCCAAUCGCAAAUUUUUUUUUUAAGAUUUUCCAAGUUUCCCCGUGAUAAAGUUUCCUCAAAAUACACCAGUAAUCUAUACCUACCCUGCUCCCUCGAGAGUUUAUUAUGCACUUGCGUUACUUGGUAAUUCGCCUGUAACAGCUGACUGCAUUCGAGUUGGACCCCCCGACUUUAGUGGUUUUAACAGGAUUGGACAGUGAUUGGGUUCCUAAAAAAUUCGGUUAGUAUACUAUAGUUCGAUCUCUGGAUUACACCGGCUAAGUCCGAACUCUCAAAAUCAAUCAAUACGUGACAUUUCCCUUUCAUUUUUACAAGCUUUAGAACUAUUUAUAAUUUCUGGCUUUAUAAAAACCACAUCAGACAUGAUUUGAAAUGUUAUUUGUUUCGCCAGAAUAAUUUAUAUUUCGGUAAAAACUUGAAUGACCUUCAAGUGUUCUAUAGACGUAAUAAUAAUAUCAUAGAUAAUAAUCAUUUUAAUAUAAAAUAUAAAGACGUUUUCACAGUCAUCUGGAAAAUUACCGGAGCUACGUCAUAAAGUCUCGAAUUUUUUUUAAUGUUUCGACAAACAUUUACAUAAUGACAGUGUUUUAUUUCUAUUUCUUUCAUAAUAAUGCAUCAAGAACGAGAGUAUUAUAAAUUAACCCACGUGUGUUAUUAACACACGUCUCAAGACGACUAAAGACAUUCGGAAAAAAUGGUGCGAUGGAAUUUCAAAUAAGUACCUAUACCUAUAAAUAAUCAUAAAACGAUCAAUGGUUAUAGGUAAGGAUAGGUGAUUGUUCAUAAGUAUAACGUGAUGCUUUUCUGUUGGGAUAGGGGGGGAGGGAUUUAGUGUUAAAAAAAAUUGUUUACGUAUAUAUACAUACUUGUAUAGGUGUCGUUGCCCUCCGCACUUCCUUAAAAGUAUUAGGUUAUUUAGGGACAAACGAAGGAGACGAUUAAAAAAAAAAAAAAAUUAAUUAACUAUUAAUUUAUAGCCAUACAAAGAUAGUGUUCGUUUAAUCACUUUGAUUAUUUUAUUGUAACAGAUAAGCCGUAAAAACCCAUUUUAUAUAAUUAUCUUGUAUUUUUUUAUACUUCACAGAACUCAUUAAAAAAAAAAAAAAAAAAAAAAACGAUCUUUACAACCGCUUAAUUUAUCUUUUUAUCAACAUAUAAUAAGCCUUUGUUAUUAUAUUUUGUAAAUUUUUAAACAAAAAGUAUAACGAGAAAACCUUUUCCUAUAGGGUCAUUUUUUUUUAUCAGGAAUUUGUUUUUUAGGGAAGUGCCUUAGCAUCUAUGUAAGUGUCAUAUUUGGGACCGUACUAAUAAGCUACCUAAAUCAACUUGGAACCCAACUAGUGUGAUCGGUGUAAAAUUUAUAUCGCAUGACCCAACUGCGCCGGCAGAUAAAAUUAAAAUCGUUCUAAAUAAUUUUAAUUUCAACGUCUUAUAUUUAAUAAUAUUUUAUUUAGUCUUAGUAGCGGACGUAUUUGAAGCAUCGCGCAGAAUUCAGUUGAUUGUUAACAUAAUAUAUUUACAUAUGUAAGCGAAUGAAAGGAGGUGUGACAAGACCUCAUAGUCAGUUUUUUAAAGUUCAAUAUCUAUAUAGUACGCGUGAGUUGUCACGUUUUAAUAUUGGACUUUGAAUACGAAAAUGUAUUUAUUUUUUUAUCGAAUUUUAUAGUUUUAUAGUCCUCACUUGGUUAAGUAAAGUUAUGAAUUUAAUUUGCCAUUCAUUAUUAUUAUUUACGUAUUACAUACCUAUAGUUCGUUUUAAUCGUAAGAACACUAUAUAGAUACAUGACUUUUUAUUAUGAUAAAUUGAUAACAAAUAACACGUUGUUUGCUGAUUUCCACACGGAGUUGACUGACGACGUACCUGAAUAAUAUGUGUUUGCUAUCACUUUGAAAACAAUCUGCAGCAGGUAUAUAAUAUUUUAACACACGUACGUAUAUAACGUGUAACAAUUCACGUUAUUAUAAUAAACAUAUAUAUAGUAUAUUAAUAAUAAUAGGUAGACACGUCAACAAAAUUAUGUUUAUGUUAGAAAAUGCAAUUGUUAAAAUAUUCAAUAUAAACUCCGGAUAAUUUGUAAUGAUAAAUAAAUAACUAUGCAUUAUGUACAAUGUAAAUAAGUAGCUAAUAUUGUAUUACGUUUAUUUGUAUGUAUUCACGCGAUAGGCGAUUGCAGUCAUGUGAUUUUUAUUAAUUUAUUAACCAGAUAAAUUAGUUACGAUUCUAUCCCAAUUUUGAGAAGGAAAAAAAUUUUAAAUUCACAGGGUUCAAUCCUUCCCUUUUAUUUAUCACUUUAAUCAGUACGGAAAACGUUCGAAUUUUAAUGGUUAUAAUUGCAAAAAUUGUCCAUAACCUCUCCCAUUAAAAAUUUCCGGGCAUGCUUCUGUUCAAAUCCUUCUCUAUUUUAGUAACUUAUGCGUUAGUAUAAUUCAUAAUAAAAUUAUAUAAAAUUAAAUAUUGGUCAAUAGGAUACUAAAAUAAAAUAUGAAGUAACGAAAAUCCCGAGUGGAGCGAUCAACCAAUCACCCCCUCCUCAGAUAUACAUCGCUAGUUAGUUAACUGAGUUCUAUAAAACAUGUAAAAAAUAAUACGUAUAACAAAAUACCACCGAAUAUUAGUUGCUAAAUUAUUCUAAAUUCAACUACAUUGUAUUUAUGUGAAAAAAAUAUAUCGCGCUAUGGAAGAAUAUGAGUAGUUGGUGAUUAUUUUUUAAUUCGGUAUACCGUAUGUACUUGGAUAUAGAUCGUAUUACAUACUUUCUAAAACAAAAAAAAAGUAGGAAUGUAUUUAUUAAUUAAACAAUUAAGAAUUAUGUUUUAGCGGUCGUGCACGUCGAAAAACCGAAACAAAAACCAGACUUACCGCCUCCUCGUGUUUCAAAAAAAAACGAAGGAACUGCAGUAACAAUGUCGACCGUUACAUCCGAAUCGGAAGACAAGUCGACGGGUGACGCGGCCGGAGCUGACUGCUAUUACAAUUACGGCCGACUGAAACGAACCAAUGACGAAGAGGACACACAUCGCCACUAUCACCACUUUCCAGCGGUCACCCUAAGUAUGUGAUGAUUGGAUUCGUUUAAAUAAAUUCUAAUUUUUAUCGAAACACUAUGUAUUGAACGACAAAUAAUGUAAAAAAAAAAAACAUAAAAACAUGUUUUUCGUCAUUCGCCGUUUCCAUACCCUUCCCUGUUACUGCGGUUUAACUUUAUCGCCCGUAAAUAUGUAUUGUAAAUGCACUUUCGUGUCCGUGAAUAUCUUUCCCGCUCAGCUUUUCCCGUGUUGGUACUGUACAAUUUAAAGGUCCAAUGGUUUCUGAGAUUUGCCGUUGCCAAGACCACUCAAUUUCACAUUUUAUACAGAAUAGUUUAUAUCUUAUCAACACCAUUUCAUUAUUCGUAACCAAUGGCUACCCUAUAAAUAAGUAAGGAAAAAUAUUCGAUUUUCGCGAGCCAAAACGAAAUGACUGCGUGAGCCGCUCUAUAAUAACCUCUCGGGGUUGAAAAACAAAGCUAUUUUUACUAUUUUAAGGUUAUAAAUGUAUAAUCGGUGGCGAACACGGACAAAUUAUAUUUUUUAACUAAAAUAAUGUUUAUGUUGAAAAUAAUUGAUAAAAUUUCACCAGUGAUAAGUAAACUAUAAAAAUAAACUAUCACGCCUUAUCGGCUUUUGCUUAAAUCCAAUUCGAUGGUAUAACUUUGUUCGCGGUAUUUGUUUCAUCGUUGAACCGCAGGGUAACAGAAAUACUAUACAAAGUCUGGCCAAGAUAUUUCUCCAGAUUUCAUGCACCGGUUGCUAUCUUUUCGAUCACAUUUCGACGAUAUAAUAUCACUCAACAUCAAAACAAUGAAAGAAAUUGUAAUCAUUUUAUCAACUGAAAAUUCUCCUUUUAUUAAAUAUUAUAUUAAUUAUAAUUGCUAUUUAUUUUAAAGCGAUCGCGCAUGCCGAAAAAUCGGAACGAAAACCAGAGUUACCACCUACUCGUAUUCCAAAAAAAAACGAAGAAAUUGGAGUGUCAUUGUCGACCAUUAUAUCCGAAUCGGAAGAAUUUCCAAAUCAAGAAGCAAGUACAGAUGUGAUUUACGUGAAUAAUAAUCGUAAAGUGAAAAUGGUUACGAGCGAACCGGAUAUAUUAGUAUUAGAAAAUGAAAUCGAACAGAUUGUUGAAGGAAAACAAGAUAACGAGCCGCCUCUUUUGCCUAUCAAAAAAAAACGCCAAGAUAUUAUUGUGCCCGAAGAGGAAAGACGAUAUCGAAUAACGGACGGUGUUUAUGUGUUUGAAAAAGUAAUUUUUCUUUUUUGUAUUUAUUAUUAUUGUAAAAAGUUAUGUUUAAUCCAUAUUUAAUAAUGUCAUAUUAUGGAAAAAUGAUUGUAACAAUGUGCGUUUCAAUGAUAACAAUGAUAGUUUAAAAAAGAUUAAAACGAUAAAAACGGUUACCAAUGACAACUUUAUUUUUAAUCUUUGAAUCUUUUUUUAACCUAAAGGAACAAGUUGUUCCACAUUAUCUCGAAUAUUAAUGAAAAUUUAAAAAAAUGACUUUUGUAAAGUAGGUACCGACUAAAGCUGAAAUGCAACAAAAAAUAUUUCUUGUCAUGUUUUGAUUGGAUUAAGAUUUCUAGGAGAAAAAUAUUUUAUAGACAAGAAAAAAAUACACAUAGUAAAACCAAUAGAUCCCCUCGCUUCACUCAAAAUCUAAAAAUGUAAUUGAAAUCGACACUAUAGAUUUCCCGCGUUGUGACCGAAAGACGUGUUAAAAAUCUUAAUUUUAUUUAAGUGCUAUAUACAUAUACCUAACAUUUAAACGAAACGUCUAUUAAUGAAGAGUUUUUAUUUCUGCUUAUAGGGUGAUGCUGAAGAAGUUAUUUACGAUGUUCCUAUUCCUCACGGAAAACUCAUCGAACACAUCCGUCGAUUAACCAUUAGUUCGGUAUCGCCAGUUAAACAUCACGUAAAUAAUGUCGUUUAUGAAGAUUCACUGGAGCCAUCUCUUUUCGAGUGAGUUUAUAGAAGAUUUAAUUAAAAACUAAUGUAUAGUCUAUAUAAUAAUAUAUAAGUAUAUAAAUUAUUAAACACUACAUUUAUUAUAAUCGGUGUGUUAUUCGUAUGUAAGAACAUUGCCCAUGACACCCGAUUCGCUGGAAGUUACCACGUUUCCCACGUACAAGAGAUGGUCGAACGACUCUGGUUACCUGCACGAAGAACCCAAUUCCUUUUCGAAUGAUCAGACCCAUUUCGAAGACUCUUUGGAACCGGUCAUAACCACGAUAAACCACGAUCGCAAAAUAUGGCAAAACAUGCCUAACAUCAACUCGACUGACUACUUCCGUUGACUAUAUAUAUGUAAGAAUAUUAGAAAAUGUAUACGUACGUGUUCUGUUUUUGUAUAUAUUGAACUUUCUUUUAAUAUCAUAUUAUUACCUACUGUUUGUCUGUGUUGUCGUCUAUUUGUUAUACUUAUGUGUUUUAUAUAUUUAGCGAAUUAUAUUUUGUACGUUUUUUUUUUUUUAACUUACCUACAUAGUUUUUGUUUUUAAUGUUUAUGUAUAGAGACGUCCCAGUUAUUAAUAUUUAAACGGACAAAUUAUGAUAAGUAAAAAAACAAAAUAUUAUAUUUAUGUGUAGACAUUGGGAACGAACAGACAGCUCUCAGAUACAUAAUAUGAACUGAUGAAUUCAUACUAAAGUCAUAGAAAUAAUUAUGUAGUAAUAAUAUUAACACAUAGAAUGUAUAUUACUAGGUUCAAUGUGCAGGCUGUUUUAUGUAGAAAUCUGUUAUUCAAUACUAUUUAAUUUCUACGUUUAUUUUUUUAUUAAAUUACUAAUAUAAUCUUAUUUGUUUAUCGUGUUAUCUAUAGACAAUUUAAAAAAUACACC